AUUUCCUCUAGGGCUUGUGAUGAAGUCAGUAAACCACAGCCUCCAGCACGCUGUGCUGGAGCAUGCUGCAGCAGUGGCUUCUUGGUGGUGUCUUGGCCAUGACACAUAUUUGACAUGCCCCCCCUUAACCCACUCACAGACUCUUGCUUUGCGGCAUGGACCAAAGAGAAAUUCUGCAGCAGCUACUGAAAGAGGCCCAGAAAAAGAAACUUAACAGUGAGGAGUUUGCCAAUGAAUUUCUGAAGCUGAAAAGGCAAUCUACCAAGUACAAGGCAGACAAAACAUAUCCUACAACUGUGGCUCAGAGGCCCAAGAAUAUCAAGAAAAACAGAUACAAGGAUAUUCUGCCCUAUGAUCACAGCCUGGUAGAGCUGUCUCUGUUGACUUCUGAUGACGAUUCCAGUUACAUCAAUGCCAGCUUUAUUAAGGGUGUCUAUGGACCCAGGGCUUAUAUUGCUACCCAGGGUCCUUUAUCUACAACUCUCCUGGACUUCUGGAGGAUGAUCUGGGAAUACCGCAUCUUGGUCAUUGUCAUGGCAUGUAUGGAGUUUGAAAUGGGAAAGAAAAAGUGUGAGCGUUACUGGGCUGAGCCAGGAGAAACACAGCUGCAAUUUGGCCCCUUUUCUAUAUCCUGUGAAGCUGAGAAAAAGAAAUCUGAUUAUAAAAUCAGGACUCUGAAGGCCAAGUUCAAUAGUGAAACUCGAAUUAUUUACCAAUUUCAUUAUAAGAAUUGGCCAGACCAUGACGUGCCUUCAUCUAUAGACCCUAUUCUUCAGCUCAUCUGGGAUAUGCGUUGUUACCAAGACGAUGACUGCGUUCCUAUAUGCAUUCAUUGCAGUGCCGGCUGUGGAAGGACAGGUGUCAUUUGUGCUGUUGAUUAUACAUGGAUGUUGCUGAAAGAUGGGGAACAAUACGAACUGGUCUACAGUGCUGUGUUAGAAUUGUUUAAGAGGCACAUGGAUAUUAUCUCUGACAAUCACCUUGGAAGAGAGAUUCAAGCUGAAUGUUCAAUUCCUGAACAAAACCUCGCUCUAGAAGCUGACUCUUAUCCUCUGGAUUUUCCAAAAAACGCCAUGAGGGAUGCAAAGAUGCAGAACAGACCAGUGGCUGAAGCAGAGAGCGCCCAAGGGUCUUCCUCUGGCCCUAGGACUUCUAAGAUAAGUGCCAAGGAAGAGUUGGUUUUGCACGCUGCUAAAUCAAGCUCUUGCUUUGAUUGUUUAGAGCUAAACUGCGGGUGUAACAACAAAACCGCCAUAACCAGGACUGGGCAGGCCAGGGCUUCUCCAGUCGUGGGAGAGCCCCUUCAGAAGUAUCAAAGUCUGGAUUUCGGUUCGGGGUUGUUUGGGUCUUGUCCUAGUUCUCUGCCCCUAAACACAGCGGGCAGCUGUCAUAAUUCAAAGGGGCCCGUGAAACGGACCAAAUCAACUCCUUUUGAACUGAUUCAGCAGAGAAAAACAAACGAGCUGGCCAUGGAAGACAGUUCUUCAUGCUUGGAAUCUCAGUUGCACGAGCAUUGUCUCAUGGACCUGCAGGCGCAAAGAGUGGCUCGCACUUCUUCAGAAGAACUGAAUUAUUCGUUGCCGCUUGCCUGUGAGCGCCCGAGGUGUGAUGCCGCUUGUGUGCCGCAGCACAGCCCCGAUGCUUUGAGAGUGCAUUUGUGCAUGUCUUUAGCAGAAGAUCCUUAUUUUUCAUCAUCCCCUCCAAAUAGUGCUGAUUCUAAGAUGUCUUUUGAUCUGCCUGAGAAACAAGAUGGAGCCACUUUUCCUGGCGCUCUGCUGCCAGCCUCUUCUACAACCUCCUUCUCUUCUUGCAAUCCACAUGACUCCUUAAUGGAGAGCGCUGUGACCAGCUUUUCCCCACCAUUAAACCAAGAGACAGCUAUAGAAGCUACUUCUCCGAGGACAGAUGAUGAAAUCCCCCCACCACUCCCUGAGCGGACACCCGAGUCUUUUAUUGUGGUUGAGGAAGCCGGAGAACCUUCACCAAGUGUCACUGAGUCCUUACCUAUGGUGGUAAAAUUUGAAGCGUCACUGGAAUGCAGUGGGGCCUCUGAGCUGAAGAGCCUUGACUCUGGAGGGUUCACACCAAGCAAGAAUGUGAAGCUCCGAAGUCCCAAAUCAGAUCGACAUCAGGAUGAUUCUCCUCCUCCUCCACUCCCAGAAAGAACUCUAGAAUCCUUCUUUCUUGCUGAUGAGGACUAUAUACAGGCCCAACCCAUGACAACGUCCUCUACUAGUUAUCCUGAAACCACAGAGAACUCCACAUCUUCUAAACCAACAUUGAAGACCCCUGGAAAAAGUUUCACAAGGAGCAAGAGUUUGAAGAUUUUCCGAAAUAUGAAAAAAAGUAAUUCUUCUUCACCAAGCAAGCCUACAGAAUGUGUUCAGCCAAAAAAUUCCAGCUCCUUUCUGAAUUUUGGUUUUGGAAAUCGUUUUUCAAAACCCAAAGGACCAAGGAACCCACCAUCAACUUGGAAUAUUUAAUACACCUCUGGAUUUAUAAUAAUAUUUGUUAAAAUUGUACCUGCAAAUAAAGCAACUAGAAUAUUCCUAUAAUAAUAUCAGUCAUGAUGAUAUGUUCUAUCAAUAGUCUUGAAAAGGAAAGCAGUAUGUGAAAGACUUUCAGCAACCUUGUAUUUUCAUAUUCCUUAUAUUUUACUGGGAGCUGCCAAUAAAGUUUGUACCUCAGUUUA